UUUAUUGAAUAGUAUUUUAGGCAUGGCCAUACACGCAACUACCUGCGGCCAACUGUUACGAUCUCCAAUCACAGAUCGUAUCGCCGUAAACGUGAAUAUACCACAACAAUGGCGGCCGGUCCUACAUAACCUGCGUUAGUACACUGUCGCAAACACAGUGUGUGAUAAAUACGUUUGUGGUGCACGGCAAAUACGGGGCUUAUUUGCUCAUUACUACCUAUUUGUGUGAGACCUGUGCUUGACGUUAGGAUACGUGUUGACUUCCAAUAGGAGAUUUCCCCAACGAACUGAGUUUCAGUUUUAGAUAUGGAGUGACCUGUAAACUCGACGUCGACGAUGUCGCGAAGUAUCUUAAAGAAGUCGGGUCCAAUGCGGGUUCCCAGGGACGACGUGAAGGUUGACACACAGGAUGAAGUGAAGGAGUCGGAGGAUGACCAGUGUCAGUCUGCUGGAGGAGAAGCCGAGGCAUCAGUUCCUGAUACCAGCGGAGAGGACAGGAAAGAUGAACCAAAAAAGCCAUUCAAGAACAAGAAUCUGAAGGCCAAGGAUUCCAUAAGGUUGUCAAGUAACAGAUUAGGAUCAUCACCAAGAUCCAGAUUCUUGCAAAAGCGAAAGGAGUCUGGCAGUUCACCCCGCAUGCUGAAAAUUAAAGAGGGCGAACACACUUUUACUUACCCUGAAACAGUGAGAGCAGAUCCUGUAAACAUACCGGGUGAUGCCCAAGAGGGAACGUCUGUUACGGAUACUUCACGUGGAACGCUCAAGAAGGAUACUGUAGAUAUUAAGCCAAGUAAGGAUUCUGUACACAGACCACCUGGUAAGGAUGCUGAACACAAAACUUCCAAGGAGGAUACUAUAGACAGAGCGAACAGUAAUUAUCCUGUGCACAAAACAUCUAGUAAUGAUGCUGAACACAAAACGUCCAAGAAGGAAACUGUAACGCUGGAUGAAUAUCCUGUACAAAGAACAUCUGGUAAAGAUGCUGAACCCAAAACGUCCAAGGAAGAUAACGUAGAUAGAACAUCUAGAUAACGCACGUUAAGGAUUCUGUAGAAAGAACAUCUGGAACGGAUGUUGAACACAAAACGUCCAGGGAAAAUAAUGUAGAUAUAGCGCGAAAUAAGGAUUCUGUACACAGACCACCUGGUAAGGAUGCUGAACACAAAACGUCCAUGGAGGAAACUAUAGACAGAGCGCACAGUGAAUAUCCUGUACACAGAACAUCUGGUAAGGAUGCUACACAGAAAGCGUCCAAGGAGGAUACUAUAGACAGAGUGGACCCUGUACACAGAACAUCUGGAAAGGAUGCUACACAGAAAGCGCCCAAGGAGGAUACUGUAGACAGAGAGCCCGGUACACAUCCUGUACACAGAACAUCUGGAAAGGAUUCUACACAGAAAACGUCCAAGGAGGAUACUGUAGACAGAGAGCCCGGUACACAUCCUGUACACAGAACAUCUGGAAAGGAUGCUACACAGAAAACAUCCAAGGAGGAUACUAUAGACAGAGAGCCCGGUACACAUCCUGUACACAGAACAUCUGGAAAGGAUUCUACACAGAAAACGUCCAAGGAGGAUACUGUAGACAGAGAGCCCGGUACACAUCCUGUACACAGAACAUCUGGAAAGGAUUCUACACAGAAAGCGUCAAAGGAGGAUACUGUAGACAGAGAACCUGGUACACAUCCUGUACACAGAACAUCUGGAAAGGAUGCUGAACACAAAACGUCCAAGGAGGAAACUAUAGACAGAGAGCCCGGUACAAAUCCUGUACACAGAACAUCUGGAAAGGAUGCUACACAGAAAACAUCCAAGGAGGAUACUAUAGACAGAGAGCCCGGUACAAAUCCUGUACACAGAUCAUCUUGUAAGGAUACUACACAGAAAACAUCCAAGGAGGAUACUGUAGACAGAGUGGACCCUGUACACAGAACAUCUGGAAAGGAUGCUAUACUCAAAACGAUCAGUGACGAUAAUGUAGAUAAAACGCCCGAUAAGGAUCCCGUUCACAGAACAUCUUGUAAGGAUGCUGAACACAAAACGUCCAAGGAGAAUACUGCAAGCAAAACCUGCAGAUCUGAGGAUUCUGGUCAUGUCCACGCUCCCAUAGAUGUGGACUAUAACGGAAAGACAGCCCCCCAUUUGCAUACCACAUCAGUCACAAAGUCUCCCAACAAAAUCCGGAUCGAAGAACAGGGGAUGGGUUUGGCUCCUGCUGGUGGAGGCUAUGAAACCGAGGUGUUCGUGAGAGACGAUGUUGUGGCUGAAGAUCAAGACACAUCCUCAUGUGGAUACAUGGCGGGUGGUUCUCAUGUCGAGGUGGAUAACCCUGACAGCAUAGUUUCUGAACCAGACAAUUCUAGUCACGUCGAAUCUGAAAUAUAUUCUAAAGGGACUAUGGAUAUGCAAGCCUUACUGAAAGAAUGUCCUAGUCCUAAGGAUAAGAUAGAAGACCACGUUUUGCCAACAGAUAAUCCUAGUCCAGAACAUAUUGUAGAACUGCAAGAUCGACCAGCAGUAGAUGGUGGGUCUAAGGGUGAUGGAGAAGAACAUUUAUCAAUAGUUGGACAUAUGCCUACAAAUAUUGUAGAAGUUGAAACUGUGACAAUAGUAGACAUUCAUCCUUAUGCUACCUUCCAUGCACAAGUUGAUAAUGUAGAUGUGCCCGCAGAUGUUCCAUUUUCGGAGGAGACUGUAGGAGUUCCAGUUGUUCCAGCAGUAGAUCAAAUUCCACCAAACACUGAACAGGUACAAGGGCUUCCAGCAUUAGAACCUUUCCAGAAAGAUGUGAAAGUGGAAGAUUUGUCAGACUCCACUUCUCAAACUUCGUCCAGCACUGUUAGUUCUUUACUUGAUGGAACGGACAGGGAGUAUCAUAAAGAAAAUGUUAUUCCAUCACGUCCUGUUCUGGAUAUGGGCAAUAGUGUACCUGAAGAGUUCGGCGUGGAACAGUCCCAACACAGUAAUGGGAAGACAGACAACACGCCCACGAGUGUCACUGGUGCCCAAAAUAACGAUGAAGAAGAUGCGUGGUCCUACUCUGACGAUGAAUGCUUUGUUUGACAGCCAUGGAACUAGAAAAUCAGCAUUCAACUUUACAUUCCUUUCCAGAAUUAUUGGCCCUAUUCAUGUCUUAAUAAGGCAGGCUUGGCUGCUUUGUAUCUGAUGAAAAGCUGUGACAGCGACAAUUAGCUGAGUGUCCUAUAUAGAACAUAAUGUAAUUAUAGAACUAUGUGUGUUAAAGAAAACGAAUAUGUUCACUCGCUUCAAAUAUACCGUCCAUGAGCGUUAUCAUUUGCCCUGUUUGACCAAACUCAAGAUAUACAUUGAGGAGAAAUUUGAAGUAAUCCACAUGAAGAUAACCCAACCAGACAUGAACUUGAUCCGAACGCUUCAGGUAAUACCGGAAUCAUGCCAAGAAACAGCCUCUUAACGUCAACCGGCUUUCGUGUAAUGUUGACGUUAUCCUGAUGCAGUUGUGACUGGAUGCAUUUGUGUAAAAUUUGUGGUUCCUGUUAAUUUACAUCCAUUCAAGAAUUAAAGCUGACCAUGUGUUCAUUAUCUAGUGCUGUGCCUUUCAGCACCAUGACUUAUAGUGAAUGUGGCCACAUAUAUUUUCAAUCGGAUAACAAGUUGUGCCGAACCUGUGCUGAAUUUGUGCUGAAAAUUUGUUAGUUAACCAUUUUUGGUUGCUAUUGCUGCUCUAAGACGGUCCUAGACAUGUAUAUGCAUUGGCUGUUGAGGACUUAGUAAAUAUUUGUUUUCAAAAUAAAAACGUUACUAUUGAAGUCAA